GCAGAAGACAACUGAGGACUGUGAGCGGUGGUGCUUCUAAGCUUGGAGAGAGAAGGGGGAGAGGCAGGCAAAGGAGAAGGAAAACAUCAGAAGAGGCGCAACGAGAGCGAUAUUGUGCGUUUAUGUCUGUUUGUCAUCACUGGACUGCUCCCCCAUUCUGACCAUUCAAACCGUCAACGGUACCAGUGACUUCAAUUCGGCCUAUCCUGCCCAAUAUCGGUUUGUCUCAUGCGGUCUAGUUUGGAGGGAAAGAAGCGAGAAGGAUGAUCACGACUCAGAAGCACUGGAGAUCAUAGAGUAUCCCCUAAACCUUUCACACCACCUGCUAGGUCUGAAGCUCUGGUCUGACACACCCCUGGACCUGCCCCGGUCACACCCACCCACCCACACCCCUGCAGAACAGCGUCUGAAACCCCUCACUUCUUCAAACCUCUGCCCACUGGAAUAAAUGAGUGGACCUGCUGGAGAGGAUAGGGCUGGGAUAUAUACCAGAACCUACACAGAAUGUCCUGGUUCAGUGGCUUCCUAGUGGCCAGAGUCGACGACCGCAAGACCGCGUGGGGGGAGCGCAAUGGCAAGAAGUCCAAGCGGAAGGGAGGCUCAUCCCUCUGCAACCCGCGUUACAUGAGCUGCCUGAGGGACCCGGACGCCAUGGAGCCCCCCUCUGGAGCCCCCCUCAACCCCCACCACUGCGGAGGGGGGGCCGGGGCGGCGGGAGGGGGGGGCAACUUCGGUGUGCGCUGCAUCUGGCAAGAAGACCACUACGGCAAAGGCGGCGUCACCGGUGAAGGGGUGGGGCUCAAAUCUGUCGACCUGGGCUUUGAGGACGGGGACCUGAAGGGGAGGAAUGGGGGGGGUGGCGGGGAGGUGGGUGACGAGGGCCUCAAUGGGGGAGGGGUGGUGACGGCGGCAGACUGCUGGCUGCGGGUGGUGCGGGUGUUCCAGUCCAAGAAGUUCCAGUCUCAUAAGCUGGAGCUUCUGUACCAGCGCUACUUCUUCAGGCUCAACCAGAGCUCCCUCACCAUGCUGAUGGGGGUGCUAGUGAUCGUGUGCGGCGUGAUGCUGACCUUCCACUGUGUCCACGCGACCCCGGACGUGGCCUACUCCUCGGCCCUCUCCGUGGCCAUGGCCCUGUUCAUGGCCCUCAUGGUUGUGUGUAACCGGAACGGCUUCCACCAGGACUACAUGUGGAUGGUGAGCUACCUGGUUAUCGGGGUCCUGUUGCUGAUGCAGGUGUUCGGCAUGCUGAUGGUGGCACCUCGCAGCGCAUCUGAGGGCAUCUGGUGGUCUGUGUUCUUCAUCUACAUCAUCUACACGCUGCUGCCUGUCAGGAUGAGAGCAGCCGUGCUGAGCGGAGGGGUGCUCUCCACCAUUCACCUGGUCACCACCUGGCAGUUCAACCAGGAAGACGUGUUCCUCUGGAAACAGCUGAACGCCAAUGUGCUGAUCUUCCUGUGCACUAACAUCAUUGGGAUAUGUACCCACUACCCUGCCGAGGUGUCUCAGAGACAGGCUUUCCAGGAGACCAGAGGAUACAUUCAGGCCAGACUGCACCUGCAGAGAGAGAACCAGCAGCAGGAGCGCCUGUUGCUGUCUGUGUUGCCAAGGCAUGUUGCCAUGGAGAUGAAGGCCGACAUCAACGCUAAAAAGGAAGACAUGAUGUUCCAUAAGAUCUACAUCCAGAAACAUGACAACGUCAGUAUUCUGUUUGCAGACAUUGAGGGCUUCACCAGCUUGGCAUCUCAGUGUACGGCUCAGGAGUUGGUCAUGACACUCAACGAGCUCUUUGCCCGCUUCGACAAACUAGCAUCGGAGAACCACUGUCUGCGUAUCAAGAUCCUGGGCGACUGUUACUACUGUGUGUCUGGGCUUCCUGAGCCCCGCGCUGACCACGCCCACUGCUGUGUGGAGAUGGGCGUUGACAUGAUAGAGGCCAUCUCGCUGGUGCGAGAGGUGACAGGGGUCAACGUGAACAUGCGUGUGGGUAUCCACAGUGGCCGUGUGCACUGUGGGGUGCUGGGACUCAGGAAGUGGCAGUUUGACGUGUGGUCCAAUGAUGUCACACUAGCCAACCAUAUGGAGGCUGGGGGCAAGGCAGGGAGGAUCCACAUAACCAAGGCCACUCUGCAGUAUCUGAAUGGGGAUUAUGAGGUGGAGCCUGGGUUCGGGGGGGAGAGGAACGCUUACCUGAAGGAGAACAGCAUCGAGACCUUCCUGGUGCUGGGCUGCAGCCAGAAAAGGAAAGACGAGAAGGACAUGAUGGCCAAGAUGCAGAGGACGCGGUCCAACUCCAACGAGGGCCUGAUGCCUCCCUGGGUGCCCGACACAAGGUUCUCCAGGACCAAGGACUCCAAAGUCUUCAGACAGAUGGGGAUUGAUGAGUCAUCCAGCAAAGACAACCGUGGUGCCCAGGAGGCAAUGAACCCCGAGGAUGAGGUGGAUGAGUUUCUGGGGCGAGCCAUCGACGCCCGCAGCAUCGACCAGCUGAGGAAGGACCACGUCAAGAAGUUUCUGCUCACCUUCCAGACGUCCAGCUUGGAAAAAAAGUAUUCGAAGAAGGUGGACGAUCGCUUCGGGGGUUACGUAGCUUGUACUCUCCUGGUCUUCUGUUUCAUCUCCUUCAUCCAGAUUGUCAUAUUUCCACACACCCCGGUCAUGCUAGGGAUCUACAUCAGUAUCUUCAUCAUCCUCGCCAACAUCCUCUUCAUCUGUGCCAUAUAUUCCUGCGUUAAGCUGUUUCCAGCUGCGAUGCAGACGGUGUCAAAGAAGAUAGUCCAGUCUCGUACCAACAGCACUCUGGUGGGGGUGUUCACCAUCAUCCUCGUCUUCAUCUCUGCCUUUGUCAACAUGUUUGCCUGUGACACAGAGAGCUUGGUGGUCUGUAUCUCCCGGGAGCUGAACAUCUCUGUUGCCAUGGUGACGCCAUGUCUCAUCCGCAACCUGUCUGUGUCUGUAGACGGGGGUCUAGAGAUCUGUCCCAGCCAGGGCCCCUCAUGCCCCUUCCCAGAGUAUUUCAGCUACAGUGUGCUGCUGACCCUGCUGGCGUGUUCAGUUUUCCUCCAGAUCAGCAGUAUAGGCAAGCUGGCCCUCAUGCUGCUCAUCCAGCUCACCUUCCUGCUGCUGGUGGAGUGGCCACAGGUGGCGCUGUUCGACAGCGCUGACCUCUUCGUCACCUCCAAUGCCCUUGAUUUCAAUGAAACUAUUCAAUGGUCCCGUUUCAAUGAAACUACAGACGAGUGCCCGUUCAGUGAGACCAAAGUUUCCCUGAGGGUCAUGACUCCUGUGAUUCUCACUGUGUUUGUGCUGGCGCUCUACCUCCACGCCCAGCAGGUGGAGUCCACGUCACGCCUCGACUUCCUCUGGAAACUACAGGCCACAGAAGAGAAGGAGGAGAUGGAGGAGCUGCAGGCGUACAACCGCCGCCUCCUCCACAACAUCCUGCCCAAGGACGUGGCCGCUCACUUCCUGGCGCGGGAGCGGAGGAACGACGAGCUCUACUACCAGUCCUGUGAGUGUGUGGCCGUCAUGUUCGCCUCCAUCUCCAACUUCUCUGAGUUCUACGUGGAGCUGGAGGCCAACAACGAGGGAGUGGAGUGCCUCCGGCUGCUCAACGAGAUCAUCGCCGACUUUGACGAGAUCAUCAGUGAGGAGAGGUUCCGUCAGCUGGAGAAGAUCAAGACCAUCGGCAGCACCUACAUGGCCGCCUCGGGUCUCAAUGACUCCACCUACGACCGCGAGGGCCGCUCCCACAUCACGGCUCUGGCCGACUACGCCAUGAGACUGAGGGAGCAGAUGAAGUACAUCAACGAGCAUUCCUUCAACAACUUCCAGAUGAAGAUAGGUCUGAACAUUGGGCCAGUGGUGGCAGGGGUGAUUGGAGCACGGAAGCCACAGUACGAUAUCUGGGGGAACACGGUCAACGUGGCCAGUCGCAUGGACAGCACAGGAGUCCCCGACCGCAUUCAGGUGACCACGGACCUCCACCAGGUGCUUUCAGAUAUCGGCUACGUUCUGGAGUGUCGUGGGGUCGUUAAGGUCAAGGGUAAAGGGGAAAUGACGACCUACUUCCUGAAUGAUGGACCACCCAAUAGUUAGCAGCCGUGGCAGCGCUAGCCGGGACCAUUCCCACUGCAAGGACACGGCAGCACUAUUGAGGGAGGACAGGCACCGCGAGCUAGCGGCUAACAACUAGCGACGCCAUCACUUGAAACCCGAGCAAAGAGAAAAGACUAUGAGACUCCAGGAUUUGAGAAGGAAAGUGUUCUUGUGUGGCAGCCAUGUUUUGGAAGGAUGAGUGUUUUUCUCAUGUCUAGCCUCUCUCUCAGGCUACUUGAAAGUUGCAAAGUUUGUCUAUUUAAAACCACGCCUUUAGCCUGUGUCAAAUGAAGGAAAAAGCUGUACAUAAGGCUACUUUUUUUUUUUUUUUUCAUUAUGUGUGAUUUUUUUCUGUCAUUUUUUAUUUCGGGAUAAUUAUGAAACAGGUACUCAUGUUUUAUUUCUGGGUUACUUAUUUAUUUUAGUCUUGAUGUUUUGUGCAAAAAGUCCUUUAUGAAAAAGUGCGUGCACAAAUAUCCAGUUUAUUACAAGUGUGUAUGUACAUGCAUAUUUGUGUGUGUAUAAUUGAGAAGGAAAAUAUUGACCAAAGACCAAAGUAUUUACAAAAAAACAAGGCAAGACUUGUCUGUUAUGUUUUCGCGGAAGUCUGCCAUUAUCACUAACUCAAUCUGUUGCACGGCAAUAUCCUCAGUCUUUGUACUUCAGUGCCAAAGGCUAUUUCUCAGUAUGGGCAAAAUGUGUAACAACUUUCAUUUUGAGGUCAAGCACAGUUUAUCAUCGAUGACAUCUGUAGAAUUACUCUGCCUCAUCUCUAAAACAUGUAAUUCAAUAGUAAAUAGUGGCUUGGAAGCCUUUUUUAAGUCCGGGGGAGAAGAUUCAACAAAAUGAGAGGAAAUGGCAGUUCCACCCAGGAUGAUGGUCCCCCUCCUCCUAAACCCUUGUCAGAUUGGUUCCCCGCUCCAUGGCUCAGUCCAGCUAUAAAAUAAAAGCUCAGAGCUUGAGCAUCCAAGGCACAGCUGUAUACGUCAUGGCCAUAAAGGCAUAUACGGCCAACUGCGCCGUCCCUUUCAAUGAGGUAUGUUUUCUGUGCAAAUGGAAAUGAAAGGACUCAAAACUAAAAAAAGAUGUCCCAAAACCAU